GUGUGCGUCUUUGGCUUGUACCGUCGGCGGUGUAUCUGAAUCAAGCAAAAAAAAAAAAAGCAAAACCAAGGAAGAAGUUGAAUUUCUCCCCAUGCACACUCCAGUUCGCUAGGUGGCAGUGUAACUCAACACGGGUGUAGGGCAACUCUUUCUCCCGUCUUUUGAAAUGCUUCCUCUCUGGAAUUGUAACAAAGCGAAGAGCGAUUGAAAGCUUUCAAUUUUAGACCGAGGCGAAGGUGGCUGCGCGUUGUGUGUCUUAGUUUUGGAAUUGGUUGGCCGAUACACCGAGCGCCAGUCGAGCGGAAGCGGAAGUCGCGAAGCAGACGAAGGCGGACGUUUGCCCCAGCGUCAAAAUGGCGAACAGGACAGUGAAAGACGCCAACAGCAUCCACGGGACGAACCCGCAGUACUUGGUGGAGAAGAUCAUCCGAACUCGCAUUUACGAGUGCAAGUACUGGAAGGAGGAAUGCUUCGGGCUAACCGCCGAGCUGGUGGUCGACAAGGCCAUGGAGCUCAAGUACGUUGGCGGCGUGUUCGGGGGCAACAUCAAGCCCACGCCGUUCUUGUGCCUCGCGCUCAAGCUGUUGCAGAUUCAGCCCGAGAAGGACAUCAUCGUUGAGUUCAUCAAGAACGAGGACUUCAAGUACGUGCGAUUGCUCGGCGCCAUGUACAUGCGCCUCACCGGCACCGCGGUCGACUGCUACAAGUACCUGGAGCCGCUCUACAACGAUUACAGGAAAAUCAAGACCCAGAACCGUAAUGGCGAGUUUGAGUUGAUGCAUGUGGACGAGUUCAUCCACGAGCUGCUAAAAACUUUAAUUGACUUUACAGUUCUGCCCUUUCAUGUUGCAUGA